CACAGCUAGUGUACUGGAUGCCUGAUCAAGCGUCGGGUCUUUCAUCCAGACUGCGUUUUCGUUAUUCGCUAAAACAUACAGUUUUUAAUUUUUAAGAGGCUAAGGCCAACGGCCGCCUCACCUCGGUUUUUGCCGCCACCCAGAGGAACUAUGUGCGCCCCAACGGUCGCCCGGAUGUAGGCGUAGGGUGGAGCCGUAAGAGAUUGACUAGCCAGUUGAUUUGGUUGGCGCAGGCUCAGAAACGCCUGACACCGCCCUUCCCCCAACAAGUGAUGAAAAUCGGGGUGGCCAAGGGCCGGCUUUGCGCAGGCGCACAGUACUCGCUAUGGCCCAUUCGUCACAUGACGAGGGCGUGACUGUGGCACUGUGGAGGGGCGCCUAGUAGGCAGCCGCUCUCAGCUCUUUCCCCGGCACGUGACGAGACUCCACGGACGUCACGUGAGGCAGGCGGCGAGCGCGCGGGCGGGGCGGGGUUCGGCGGCGCUGCGCGAGAACCAAAGUGCAGCCGCUGACCCGGCAAAACUCAGCGGGGCUGGACAGCCAUGCCCAAGUAUUGCAGGGCGCCGAACUGCUCCAACACUGCGGGCCGCCUGGGCGCAGACAACCGCCCUGUGAGCUUCUACAAGUUCCCACUGAAGGAUGGUCCCCGGCUGCAGGCCUGGCUGCGGCACAUGGGCCGUGAGCACUGGGUGCCCAGCUGCCACCAGCACUUGUGCAGUGAGCACUUCACACCCUCCUGCUUCCAGUGGCGCUGGGGUGUGCGCUACCUGCGGCCUGAUGCAGUGCCCUCCAUCUUCUCCCGGGCACCACCUGCCAAGAGUCAGCGGAGGACCCGAUGCACCCAGAAGCCAGUCUCGCUGCUGCCUCCCCUACAGGAGAAUACACCCCUGCCCCAGGGCCCUGCCAUCCCAGUCUCUGGCCCAGUGCGCCUAGUGGUGCUGGGCCCCACAUCGGGGAGCCCCAAGACUGCGGCCACCGUGCUCCUGACCCCCCUGGCCCCUGCGCCAACUCCCCAGGGGUCACAACCUGAAGUCCCUGCCCAACAGGCCCGGACCGGUCUGGGCGCAGUGCUGGGAGCGCUGCAACGCCGGGUGCGGAGGCUGCAACGGUGCCAGGAGCGGCACCAGGCGCAGCUGCAGGCCCUGGAACGGCUGGCACAGCAGCUGCAUGGGGAGAGCCUGUUGGCACGGGCACGCCGGGGUCUGCAGCACCUGACAACAGCCGAGACCCUUGGACCUGAGGAAUCCCAAACCUUCACCAUCAUCUGUGGAGGGCCUGACAUAGCUGUGGUCCUUGCCCAGGACCCUGCACCUGCCACAGUGGAUGCCAAGCCGGAGCUCCUGGACACUCGGACCCCCAGUGCAUAAGGAUCAAGACAGACAAUGUCGAGGGACAGAAGAUAGAAGAUGGAGGAGGAAAGACAUUACACAUGGGCUUGGCCCAGCCCCACCGCCCACGCCUGGGUAGUAGCAGUGCCUCCCUCAAGGGCCUGGGUUCUACCACCCCACUCCUAGGGAUCUCUUGAACCUUAGGGGUGACCUGGGCCCAAGUCUCUCAUCAGCCCCCAAUCCCCUGGGUACCAGGCUUCUGCCACCCCCAGCUCAGAUCUUUGCAAAUCAGUACAACAGCCUGAGAGCAGAGCAAGGGUUGUUUGGGAGAAUCAUACCUGGUUCUAAGGAGCCCCAUGCUUUUUGUCAAGCCUGGUACUGAGUUCACGAUACCAUGGUGGACACAGCUGAGAAAAUCUCUGCCCUCAUGGUGCUCAUUCUACUUGAGUAGACGAUGAACUAGUAAACAAAUAAACAAGAACACUGCAGACAUGA